AUGAAAGCCUACUGGUACGACAACGCUCCUGGCGACCAGCGCGUCCCCCACGACUCUGGCCGCGCCGUGUCCGCCGAAACACUGCAAGAGCUCGGCAUAAUCUACAAGCACUGCCCAACCGUUGCCGACGUCGAUGCGAUUGCCUCCGAACGCAGCUACAAGAACCGCGAUGAGAUUACUGUUUCACCCAAGACCAUGGGCGACGUGUAUGAGGACAAAGUCAAGAUGUUCUUCCACGAGCACCUGCACGAGGACGAGGAGAUCCGAUACAUUCUCAACGGCGCGGGAUACUUCGACGUUCGGAAUGAGGGGGACGAUUGGAUCAGAAUUAGGCUCGAGAAAGAGGAUUUGAUUAUUAUGCCCGCAGGGAUAUAUCAUCGGUUUACUACUGAUGAGGAGAAUUUCACGAAUGCGAUGAGGUUGUUUAAGGAGGACCCAAAGUGGACACCGCUCAACAGAGGCGAGGAGACGGAUAAGAAUCAAUACAGGCAGGAAUACCUCAAGACGAAGCACACCCUAGCAGUCUAG